UUUCACAUCGGAAACAUUUUCUUGUCGUACUUCAUGUACAUGGACGCUGCAGCACAACACCUUCAGCUAUGUCGACGAUAUCCCAUGGCUUCAAAAGCAGCAAGCAAGACUUCACAUUUGGGCCGUGGAAAGUCACCUCAGCAAAAACCCAUAUUAUGAAAUCUAAAGAUAUCGAGCAGCUGGCGGAGGAGAUGCACAUGCCGUCUCUCCCAGAGAUGCUUUUUGGAGACAACGUGCUGCGAAUUCUGCAUACCGAUGGCUUCGGCAUUGAGUUCAAUGCUAUUGACGCCCUCAAGCGUGUCAACAAUUUACAAGACUCAGUACAAGUGGCAUGUGCCCAGGAGUGGCAGGAAAGCAGAGCUGAUUCUGAGCACAAGGACGUAGUAAAGCGUUAUGACUGGACGUAUACCACAGAUUACAAAGGGACAUUGCUUGGAGAAGACCUGCAGAUAAAGGUGUCUCCUACAUCAGAGCGGAUAGACCUGGAGAAACUGAAAGCUCGGGAGCAGAUCAUGUUCUUUGAGGACGUGCUGCUGUUUGAGGAUGAGCUCCACGAUCAUGGCGUAUCUAUGAUUAGUGUGAAAAUUAGAGUGAUGCCCACUAGUUUCUUUGUGCUGCUGCGCUUCUUCCUCAGAGUGGAUGGAGUUUUGAUUCGGAUCAACGACACACGGCUCUAUCACGAGGCUGGGAAAAACUACAUGCUGCGGGAGUUCAGCUCACGAGAAAGCAAAGUGUCAGCUCUUCAGCAUGUUCCUCCUGCCUUGUACACGGACCCUAAUGAGAUUGUUCAGCAUUUACCACUGACACUCAUGGAGUGUGAAAAACUCGAAUUCCCAGAGCCACAGUCACCAACCGAGUCUCCACAGUGACACACAGAUUACACAUCAAACCUCAGAGUGCUGAUCUAGGAUCAGUCUGUUGCCUCUUACUGAAUACAGCUAUAUGCGCAAUGACAGCUGAACCCAGAUCAGCAUUCAGACAUCGAGACGUUUGAUGCCUGUGAACCUAGAAAUGGAGCUGUAGCAAGCUACAGGGCUGCAGGUCCAUCACCUCUCGGCUCUCUUUAAAGACUUUUAUAAUGAAUCAAACACUUACUGUCUGCCUCAGUCACUGUUACUGGAUCAUUAAAUCUGUUUGAGUUGUAUUCACACACGCAACGUAAUCAAAAUGUCAAAGCUCGAUUGCAAUUAUAAUGCAGGUUUUGUUUUUGUUUUUUUUUUAGAAACCAGUACAAAAGGAUGCGUUUUGUUGGUUGAUUAUUGGUCUGAGGUGUGUUGAAAAACAAGAACUGCAGAAUGAUUUAUUAAAUGUAUGUGUUUGUAAUGGUCA